GUUGAAAGUGUGAAUCGAAAGAAUGCGAAUCAAGAAUCGAGAAAUAACGUGUUGAAUGUAGUGUGAGCAUAUUGCUUUGGGACCCGCCCCUCGCUCCUGCAACAACAGAACGACUGCGAUGUGCUAAUCUAGCUUCACUGCUGGUCGUCGUAGCACGUGCACGGCAGACAGUAGGAGGAAGAAAUCUACUCCACUCCUGCUGUUACUUACAACUGAUUCCACCCGAGGAUGUUGGUCCUUCUUGUGGUCCCCUCGGCGAGGAAGACGCCAACGUCUUCUGCCGGCGCUGGUCGCACUACUACAGCUACUGCGGUCCUCGACGGUGUUGCACGCCGCUUCUGUUAUUUGCUCCUCCUUUUCAUCUUCCUUGGUGCGCCGGCGCUGCUGCAGGAGAAGACGCUACUCUUUAGCAGAGCAACUGCUCUGGAAAUAAGUACAACUACUGAAAGCGACGUCGACGUGCGGGGCGGCGGGGAAACUACAACCACCAGCACGGGGUCGAACGAGGAAGACAAAGAGCAGAAGCUGCCAAGAAGUCAUAAGCCGACUACAACAGCCCCAGCAGCGCCCGAUGAGGACUUCUUUGACGAUGAAGAUCAAGAUGAUGUUCUUCCUGCAGGCGAAGGAAAAACAAGUAUGAUGAAAACUGCACACGGUCGUGCCAGUUCGUACAUCAGUCAUCUGCCGUCCUUAUGGCGUUCUCAAACGUUACAUUCUGAACUGUUACAUGAUUUGUCAUGCAGAAUUGCCUUCAGAAUCUACACCAUCAAGCUGCUUCGCAUGACAAAUUCUCAGAGGGCCAAGCAGGACGAUAAUCGGCGCCAGAUGUGUCAUGCAAGACGCGCAAGAUCUCUCCUAUCACUUGUGCCAUUCUUCCAUCACAAAUUCACGUAACACUUGAGAAUGUAACAGUUGAGAACGCCAUAGUCCUCCGAAGAUGCGCAGCUCUUCGACGUCGAUGAAUAUCAACUGUGAAAAUGUCUGGGUCUCCUGGAAGAAUUCAUGUUUGUCAUGCUUGUCUGGCAUGACUCUUAAAUCUGUCAUGCACGUUACCCAAGAGCUCCGUUUUUCUGUGAUGCAGAAGCGCAGUUUGUCAUGCAGAAUAGGCAACACCUAGGAGCUCAGAGACUUGUCAUGCUGAGCCAGCAUUUGUAGCCUCAUCAUGAGACGCCACCCAGCAUUACAAGUUUCCAGACCCAGACAUUUUUACUUUUGAUAAUGAAGAGAGUAGUACAACUAGAACACCCAGCGCCAUCAAUCAGGCCACUUCUGCGCCAGCCGCGUCCGGGCGCGCCGCUCUUGAAGUUGGGGCAGCAGGCGCUAGAGCUGGGGGGGUACAACCUGCUCCGAGAACAAUGGACGAGGAAGGCGACGACGAGGUUAUUUUCGAAGAGCCUGUUGAAGAUGAAGACGCUGAGGACGUGGACGUCGCCUCGGAGAAGCCGGAACAAGAACAGCAAGAAGUUGGUAUCCAAGAAAAAAACCACUGUGUAAGUGUAACUUUGUGUUGCAGAAAAUGCAAAACUGUUCUUACACUUGUCAUGCUGGACUUGCAUCAGAGUGGCUACUUUCGUAUGUGCUGUUUUCAAAGACUAGCUACGCAUGACAGGUUUUCCGUGUCAUGCAGGGCAAGCUAUUCCUCCAAGAAACUUACACUUACACAGUUUUUUUCUUGCAUAGUGGUCCUCGAGCCAGAACUUUUACACCAAGACCAGCCGCUUGGAAAGGAUCGCGAAGAAGAUCAUGCACUUCUUGUUGAAAAUGAAAAUUCCAACAUUCCUCCGCAUCACCGUCCGAAUCUCCGGGGCAGUAGAAGAACUACAAGCGGUACUAGCAGUUUAGAAACUACAUCAUCAUCUUCAAGGGCUGCACCAACAGCUGCGUCACGUUCUUCUAUGAUCCUUGUGCGAGGUGGACAAGCAGAUCAAGUAGUGCUGCAGCAGGUUGAUGAAGAAAAAUCUUCGUUUCUGAAUUCAACGGCGCUCUCAUCGGCUUCAGCAUUAUCGGCAGAUGAACAAGCAGGUGAAACGAAAAGCGGAGAUGAGUUUCCGCUUAAAUCGUCGGACUUUGUACAAAAAACGGCUGGGUCCGUCGUGAAAACCACGAGUGACUCCUCCGGUCAGAACAAGGAGAACAACAUCAAGGAAGAAGGACAGAAACAACUACACCAAGAAGAAAAAGAGGAGCAGCAGCGCACAACAGUGAAAGUCGGAGACCUGCUAGGAUGUGCGUGCAGUGCUGGGCCACCUGCGUUCUCUUUGUCCGAGGGCUCCCUCGACCGGCAGCCGUGGGCUCGUCUCGAGCCUGUUUGCAAGCCGCCGGCCUUCUGCCCGGUAUUUGGGCGGCCCUACUACGUCCCGUGGAACGCCCCCCUCUCUCUACUGGACCAGUAUCUCAAAAGCGCAAGCUCGCUAAAGGAUUUACUGUCGCUUCUGCCUCGUGAAGAUCAUCACGAAGAAGAACCCGCGAGGACGGGUGGCCGCUCGCCCGACGAUUUAUCCCCGGGAAAAACAACAACAGCAACUACUACUUGGCGACAACGCUUGCAGGCGGUGGCUGAAGCCGCGCACUCUCGAAUCUUCUCCACUCCUACAGUGGACCCACAUGAUACGGAAGCGUCAGGAUCGAAAUCAACAUAAAUCGAAAUAAUUUGUGACGUUGCAUAAAAUCGAUACCAGUUCUUGGAGCCUCAGUUUCCAAGUGGCGCAUGACAAAUUUUGGGAGCACCAAAACCCAGUCUGUCAUGUUGUGUAGGCAAAGAAGACUGCGCCUGUAGUCAUGCUACUCUGGCAGUACAUGUGUAGGGCUAAACAAGCUUGCAAUCGGUCUCAUUUGCCGCCUCGUCUCCAACACAGGCCUUAUGUGCCCUACAUUUUAUGCAUUACAAAUUUUUCGAUUUUGUCGAUUUCGAUCCUGAAGACACUCCCAUACAUGAGGAGCGGUUAUUUCGAGAGGUCGAUGCCCAGUUCGACGAGGAAGAGCGGUUAGCCCGUGGCCUCGACGUUGAUCCGAGGCUGCUAGAAAACCCGCCGCCAAAAGCGUUGGUCAGGCCGGUCACCGCGCUCUUUGACUUGGACGAGGUGGAUUCCGACGGAAGGAAAACGGGGCUGCGUGGCCGCUGGAGCUCGCUGACCAACGCGGACCCGUUUCUCUAUGGUGUUCUCAAAUCGGUUACCUUGUUCUCAACUGUUACAUGAAUUUGUCAUGCAAAACUACCUUGAGCCCCCGGUAGAUGAUCAAGCUGCUUCGCAUGACAAAUCUCCGAAGGGCGAAACAGCAUCUAAAUCGGUGCCAAAUCUGUGAUGCGAAAGCAGCAAGCUUGCGCCUUUGACUGUUGCGGCCCCUGCAUCACAAAUUCAUCUAACAGUUGAGAAUGUAACGUUUGAGAGCGCCAUAUUCUCCUCCGCUUCACGCCAGACCUCGACGACGUCCCGCACUCGCAGUACGGGAUGUAUAGAGUCUAUUACAAUGAAAAAUGCCCCCACCGCCCCCGAACUUGGGAACGUUUGUAUUGCAAACCUUUCCAAAUGAAACACUCGCCCUCUUGCAUCCAUCAGCAUCACAGGUUUCCAAUCGUAAAUAGCAAAAAUUUGUAUUGCAAAAGACCCCAGCAAGAGCGGCGCUUGUCACAAAAGCGAUGCGAUACUCGCCUAGAAAAUGCAUCAGAAAGAUUGAUACUCCUUUCAUGCAUGACAAAAACUUUUCAUUUAGAAACUUCGCAUCAAACUUUAGGGGUGGGGGCAUUUUUCACUGUAAUAGAGUCGCGCAGUUUUCGGAGGUGUUCCGAGAAAAGAACGACCCGCGCGGCGGAAUACACGCCUUUAUUUCUUCUUCAUCUCCUCCCGCAGCCGCAGCGCACGGCCCUGGAACACGACUUCGCGACUGGUUCCUCCCCUCCGCCUCUCAGAUUCAAGAGACGUAUGCGUCCGUUGCAGAAAUAUUGUUUGUACUAAGUGGUCUCGCUUCUGCAGACGCCUUUGCGACUUCUGCAGAUCGAGCUGUCUUCGCGGCACCGGCAAGGCUUCACAACAUGUGCGUUGAGUCGUGUUUCGUGUACAUGUAUCAAAUGUAAAAGUGUCUGGGUCUGAAACUUGUAAUGCUGCGUUGGGAAUAGUGAAUGCUCUGUAAUGCACAGCCAAGCAUGAGAAAUGUCUGCGCCUCUUUGUUUUGCGUUUUUCGCAUGACAAAGUGCGUUUUUGCAUGACAGGCAAAAGGAUCUCUUCUUGAACGCGCAUCACAAGCUUUUUGGUCAUGCCAGACAAGCAUGACAAGUCUCGCAAUCUUCCAGACCCAGACAUUUUUGCACUUGAUAACAUGCACGAAUACGUGAAUGGAAAGGAUGGCGAUAAAGAUGUUGGCAAAGAAACCCUGCGAACCCUGCUCCGGGUACGGGGAGCGCUCGUGCGGUACGCCGAAGAUCCUGACUCUCCCGGGGCCGUUUCCAAACUGGGCUUUUUCGGCGACCCAGACGCUGUCGCGGAAGUCUUGCGCGCUCGGGAGUUCUUUGCAGGGAAAAAUAGCACGAAUGAAGAAUAAAAGGCAAUUAUUGGGCGGCUUUUGUUGAAAUCGAUGUUGACACCUACUGACAACAUAUUAGGGAUGAAUUAAUUUGAAUUUCUUCGGCUGCAAUUUUACUAAGGUAAGCCACGUUGCAUCUACUUGAGACAACCCAAGCCCAACGAAAGAUGAAAGAGCUUUGAUGUCCUUUAUUCGGGUGGUGGUCAACUCACGGUGCACAAGGAGAAGGUGCAUUUGCAUGUUUCGUCUAAGAACAAAUCGAGAAAACGAAAAAAAAAAAAACAAUUAAAGUCGAAUGCCACACGAAUACGAAACAAGGGAAUAGUCAUCCAAUUUGUUCAACAAGUUGCACACAAAAUAAACGCCACGUAUAGAUAGUACGUACAACAUCAGAAGAAGCAAUGGGUUGUUUUAUUGCAAGAGCAGAAAAU